AUACGAACUUCUGAGUUGUUGUGUGGUGAGUCGUAAUAUUAGCUGGUGGGAAAGUUUUGGUGUGUUUUAAGAUAGACAACUUCUUUUCAAUGCACGAAACUCCAAGGAAUCAGCUUAAUAAACCAAAGACUGAAAUAAAUGUAAGAGAUAGAAUCAAGUGGUUUCGAAGGAGAUGUCGGAGAUUCUGCUGCUUGGUGGAAGACGAUUUAAGUAAAACCGAAAACAAAUCAGAUUAUAGGUUAGCAACAUUAAACAACAUUAUGGAAGACAAGGUUGGGUACGUCAAGACUGAGGAAGGCAUUAAGGACGUCGAAACCUGCGAACCACCUCAAGAUAUAAAACAGCAAGAGGUAAUCGAGGAGCAGGCAGGCAACUCCAACGAUGGAAAAUCCCUGGAUGAAGAAUGUGGUGAUCUGAGAUCCGUAAGGGAUUUUCUGCAGACGAGGGUGAAGGAGUUGGAGACACAAUUUCAGCUUGCUGAAGAAACAAAAGAUGAGAUUUGCGUUUAUUUGGAAGAGCAAUUGUACAGUCUAGACACUAAAAUUCAACGAGUUCCUAAAGGAACAGCUGUUAGCCGAAGUAAUGGCUAUUGA